AUAUUUAAUAUAUCGAUUGCAGCCCAACGCCAGCUGUACCGUACUCAUUUUAGUUGUUUACAUUUGAGGCAGAGUACAUCUUGAGUGUGAUUUAAAUUUGGUUAGAUUUUAUUGAUAGAACAGAAGCUGCAUAGAAAAUGAGGUUCACAUCGUUGCUGUUGAGUAAAGUUGGAGAUUUAACUAAACAGUAUUCGAAUUUGCCGGAGACGUACAUCAAAAGGGCUAUGGAGAAAGUAUACUGGCGUACACCACGGGGAUUUCCUCAGUACCUGCCAAGGACUGUUGCAAAGAAGAAAUAUCGAUUUACUACUAAUCGACCAUGGACUGGUCAGUUUGAACAACAGAACAUGUCUCGGCAAAGGAAGAAAGUGUUUUUAGAGCCUGUGCUUGAAUGGAGCUUCUUCAGAGGAGAUCGUGUUGAAAUUCUUGUGGGACCAGACAAGGGAAAGCAAGGAAUUGUUUCACAAGUAAUACAAGAACGUAAUUGGGUUAUUGUUGAGGGAAUGAAUUGCCACUUACGAACCAUUGGAAAAUCAAAGGAUUUUCCUGGUGUUGUUAUCCGGUCAGAGGCCCCACUUUUGGUCACAGAUCAAGUUGCUCUUGUUGAUCCAUCAGAUUUACAACCAGCAGCUGUGGAGUGGCGUUAUACGGAAGAUGGAGAUAAAGUGAGAGUUUCCGUCAGGACAGGAAGGAUAAUUCCCAUUCCAAAAUUGGCAGCAGAAACUCAUGAUUAUAAAACAAAGAACACUUACAAAGAGUCUGAGAAGGAUACAGGAAGAGAUGAAGUAGCAGAAAUUACAUUUGAACCAAAGCUAAAAACUUUUGAAAUGGACAUAAUGGAUUCAAUGGGUAUCAAAGAAGACAGGGUUCCAGCAAAGACAUAUUGGUAUUAGUUCUUUGAGGUAGUUAUUAGGGUCAGGACACACUAACAACAAAAGGACUUCCUUAUGGACAUCAGAGAUGUUAUUUAUUUUUCCUCCUAACUUAAAAAAAAUAUUUUUGUUAAUUGUGCAGAGUUAUGUACUGUUUCAUAAACAGACCUACAUAUGUUAAUAGUUUCUAAAGAAAAUAUAAUGAGCGUGAUUUUUUUUCAGGACCUUGAUUUAAGUCACUGCGUCAAUGUUGUGAUGAUGUGGUUCAGUUUUGUGCUCCACUAUAUAAGCUUUUGUAUAUCUAAAACCAUAAAGCAGAUACGUGCGUGUGUGAGAUUGUUUGUGAUCAGUCAGUUAUCCUGAUAAAGUGUGUUGUAAUGUACAUAAUUGUAUUUACCUGUACAAAAUAAAAAGAGUAAAUUUU